AUGUUUGACUAUCUCGGUUUUCACCGAGCUCGGCGCUCAAAACCUCGGCCCGAGCCUCGGCCAUUUAUCCUCGGCGCCGAGCCCGGCCAAUUUUUCUCGGCCACCGAGCCUAGCUGUUUAACCUCGGUGGUUCAAUACUGUGCUCAGUGGCUCACUAUUGAGCUCGGUGGUUUGAUACCGAGCUUGGUGGCUCAUCUCUGGGCUUGGUGGUUAAAUAUUGAGCUUGUGUAUCAGGGGUCUGGCUGGGAGAAGCCUGGCCGCCCAGAUUUUGCAAGGCUUCCGGCCGGCCGGCCUGUUCACAUUGGAAGUUGGGAUUUUGCCCGGCCGGACCGUUUCACCUGGGGGCCGGCCAGACGUCCAAAACCAACCCCUGGCCAGGCUGAAUCAUUGCUGAGUGCUCCGGCCGGACCGUUAGUGAUGAGCCCGGCCGGACCGUUGAGAGCCCAAAUUUUUGAGGCCUCCGGCUGGGACACUGAUCAAAGGUCCGGCCGAAACGUUGGGAAACCCAUAUUUCUCAAGGCCUCCGGCCGAACGUGGCGGCCGGCGCUGGCCGGAGGGGUCUGGGUCCACGUUGCAGACGUGAUCGUUGCCAGCAGUCCGGCCGGAGAGCAUGCCGGCCGGUUCGGCCUCGUCGGCAACGUUGCGGCCGGCCCUCCCCUCCUCAAAUCCCAUCCUGAACGCUUCACCUGGCCUCUUUCCCCGAGUGUUCUAACGCUCUGGCUGGAGCACGUCCCAGCCCACCCCUCACUGCUCAAUGCUCCGCCCGGCCUUGCCUGUCAGCAAAACCGGCACCCCGAGAUUACAUCGGCCACUCGGGUGAUACAGUGCCGGACAACCAAAGGCAACAAAUUUUGUCGACCAUUUUGCCCGCACACCGGAGUCAUCGGAAACGAUGCAGAUAUGCUCAAGGAACAUUUUGAGCUACCUCCGAGCAAAAUACAUCGAGCUGUUGUCCCAUAA